GAGAUGGGGGAAGCAACGGUGGUAAUUAAGAAGGAGCAGCUAACACUGCAGCUUGAUCCUGUGAUGACACAAGUGCCGGAAGGAUGUGGCCGUCGCAUGUGGCUGUUUAUGGGGGUUUAUUGGAAAACGAUGCUAGUGCUGCUUGUCCCCUGUCUAGCGGCCACGGUUUUCUUUAUCGACACAUCACCCCCAUUCCGGUGUAUGUACAUCGUGAUGGUGAUGGGAGUCUUUUGGAUUACGGAGGCCCUUCCACUGCCGAUCACGUCCAUGCUUCCGAUUGUGCUGUUCCCGAUGAUGGGCAUUCUGGAUACGAACAGGACGUGCAUGAUGUACAUGAAGGACACGAUGCUGAUGUUUAUCGGUGGCAUUGUGAUGGCACUGGCCGUGGAGUACUGUAACCUUCAUAAGCGCGUUGCACUAAAGGUGAUCUCGGUGAUCGGUUGCAGUCAGCGAAAGCUUACGUUCGGGCUUACCGUAGUGACAAUGUUUGUGUCGAUGUGGAUCUCCAACACAGCCACGGUAGCGAUGAUGUGCCCGAUCGUACAGGCUGUGCUGGAAGAGUUGGAAGCGCAAGGACUCUGCAAGAUCAACGAAAAGUCCAAAUCGGUUGAAGGUCCCACGGGCGAGGAAGAAGAUACUCCACGACCCACAAAGGUAACGCUGUGUUACUACAUCGGGACGGCUUAUGCGGCAACGUGCGGUGGUGUUGGUACGAUCGUCGGUUCCGGUGUGAAUCUCACCCUGAAGGGCAUCUACGAGAGUCGAUUCCCUGAUGCACCUACCAUCGAUUUCCCGUCGUUUAUGUUCUACAACGUGCCCGGUAUGCUGAUAUUUACCUUCCUGACCUGGGUUUGGCUCCAGUGGCUUUUCAUGGGAAUGUUUAAUCCCGACAGUGAAGAUGCCCGUGUCGCCAAUAUAGGUCCCGAAGGUGAAGCCGUUGCCAAGCGAGUGAUCGAAAAUCGCCUGCGAGAGCUCGGACCGAUGAGCUCGCACGAGCUUGCUGUAGCCUUUUUCUUCGUCCUUUCGGUUGUGCUUUACUUCACCCGCGAACCAGGCUUCAUGAUGGGAUGGGCUGAUCUCGUACCGGAUGUCAAAAUUAAAGAUGCAACUCCCGCCAUUUUUGUCGUGAUCAUGAUGUUCAUUGUACCGGCCGAUUGGAACUGCUUGUCUUUCUUCCAGAAAGGUGGCGGGCGACUACCAAAACGUGCCUCACCGGGUCUUAUUACGUGGCGGUUUAUCAACCAAAAGACGCCCUGGAGUUUGCUGUUCCUGCUCGGCGGUGGAUUUGCCUUGGCUGAAGGUGGUCGCACUUCCGGUAUGUCGGCCUUGCUCGGACAAUCGCUCGCCGGGCUGAAGGUUUUGCCGCCGCUGCUGCUGCUGUUUGUGCUGUGCGUCGUUGGUGAAUUUCUUACCGAGUUUACCUCGAACGUGGCCAUCUGCAAUGUGCUGCUGCCAGUGCUGGCGGAAGUGGCAAUCGCAAUUGAAAUUCAUCCCCUGUAUCUCAUGUUUCCGGUGGCGAUGGUAUGCAGCUUUUCGUUCCACCUUCCAGUCGGUACACCGCCAAACGCGAUCGUUGCUGGGGUGGGCAAUAUUCGCAUCAAGGAUAUGGCGGUGGCCGGUAUAGGUCCGUCCAUCUUUACACUGAUCGUCAGCUGGGCCAGCUUUCCGACGUGGGGCAGCAUUAUCUAUCCGGAGCUGGCAACCUUCCCGGACUGGGCAAGGCCCUUGAAUGAGACGACACUGUAAAUG